AUGAGGAGCUUGAAGAGGGAAGAGCUCCUAAGGUGUUCCAGAUCAGGUUAUAUUUCAUUCGAUCUUGAGAUCGAACGCUCUUUUCACAGACAAAAGAAUCUUUACAGGAAAAUCCUAGUGGGUUCUGGGGGUAACGAUAAUCACAUAGACCCUCCAACUGAUUCUAGUGGUUCAGAAGUUCCUUUGGAUUCAGAAUCAGAGAUGACAACACCUAAUAAGCUCAGCGAUUAUUCGCAGCCGUCGCUAACAGAUUUUCCACACCUUACUCCCAUUCCGGCUCUUGAUGGAGAGACUCUUGUUUUGAAUUUCUAUAAUAAAUAUUACCCUGAAGAGAGGACAGCUUUGCUAAGAAGCACAAUUCAAAACUUUGCCCAAGAGCCAAAUAAAACUUUAUAUGAGGCUUGGGAAAGAUUCAAGGAUUUGCAGAUGAGGGAGUGUCCCCACCAUAAUUUAGCGCAGUGGCAGUUGAUCGAAGCUUUCUAUAAUGGGAUUAGUAAUUCAUCUAGAACAAUAUUAGAUUCUACAGCUAGUGGGAGAUUUAUGAACCUUAAUGUUAAUGAUGCAAGUCAAGUUAUUGAAGAUAUGAUUUCCUCUGCUCUACAAGCCCGUCAACAGGGAGCCCUACCAUCGCAGCCAACCAGGCCUACAGAUCAAGCUUUUGCAAUUACUCUAAGGAGUGGUUCACAUUGUGAUGAGCCCCCUACGCCCAUAAAUGAUGAACUUGUUUUAAUUAAUAAUGCUAAUUUCGAUUCCAGUAAACCAAACAAUGUUGCUAAUAGCCCUACAGGGCUAAAGAGUAGCACUAAUAUUUCUGGUAAUACAUUGCAGGGUAUAACUCCAAGGAAGGUAGCAGCUCCAGAUGAAAUAGACAAAUGGCAAAAGGAAGUUGAUGCAAUCAAAAGAGCCUUUUGCUGUGUCGGUCUUGGCUUUGAAGAUGAGAAGGCAGAAACAAACAAGCAAGCUGUGAAAACUGAGCGUAUAGUGAGUGUAACACCCGAUCGAGUUGCAAUUGCUCAAUACAAUGACAACUUGAGGCAACCAACGGUAAAAAAGGGGUAUCUUGUGAGUAGUAGCAAAGAACCACCAUUUCACGCCAAGGAGGAUCCACUCGAUAAGGUGAAUUGGCGUCUCACAAGGCAUGUCAGGAAGCCGCUUCGUGAUCUAAAAACUGCUCCACCAGGUGACGAACCACCCGACCAGGAGGGUGCGCCUUCCAAAUCUCCUUCAAAACCAUCCGACACUAAAAUCCAAAAGACUAGGGCGGGUGAUGUGAGCGCAUUCGGCAAGGGCGGGCAGAAGCACAUUGCUCACAAGCCCAAGAAGGGCCCAGACGCCUCUUCUCUCGAAGCUGAAAAGAAGAUCAGCAAACCGGAUGCCCAGAGGGCAUCGAAGGGUGGCUUUAAGCAACCCACCACCGCUGUCGGCUUAGCAAGAGAGAAGAGGAGCCUGGGAAGAGAGGAGGAACAGAAGGACGACGUUCCGGUGCAGAGGUCGACUGUAGUCCAGAUGGCCAAGUCCAUGCUGAGGGCGGUUGAUCCUGACGAUAAGGCGUCUGUCAGAGGAGUCGACACCCUUGACUUGGAUGGCAUCUUGGGGAACCUCUGCGAGGCCAUGUUGCGCGUCCAAGGGCUCAGGCAACCCCUCAAGGAGAAAUCCAAAGAGGUAACAAUCGUUAAAGCUCGGGCCGAGUCCGCCUUGGAUCGGGCUCAAUUUGAUAUUGCUCAGAAUGAGUAUCUGACGCUUGAUAUGAUGUAUUCGCAGGCGGAAGCCAAUAUGCAGGUGAAGAAGGACCUAGACUCGGCCCGCCUGCGCAUCACUUCCCUUAAGAAAGAGAUUACAACUCUUAAGGAGAAGCUCGAGCCUCUUCAAGAUGUCAAAGAAGAGGCCGAGAGAGCCAAGCAGAAGGUGGGCCGCCUGGAGCAGCGCCUCAGCAACCAGGAGCAUCAGCUGAAGUCCAAGUUUGAGUCCGUGGCUGAUCAAGAGAGAGAGGCUCUUGUUAAGAAAAUGAUGAGCAAUUAUGAAGCCAUCAUGCGGGACACUUGGGCGGCUGUACAGCCGGACUCGGACUAUCAGAUUUGGAAAUCCAAAUUUGACGAAGCCAGCAAAGCAUUCGACGCUCGCCUUAUUGAAGAGGCUGAGAAUGCUGAGGCCGAGGAAAGUUCUGGGUCCGACUCUUCUGGGGAGUCUUCCUCUGGUGGCGAGGAGGAGGAGGAUCAGGCGGAGGAGCAAGAGAGAAAGGAUGAAGAGCAGCCGAAGGACGACAGGCCGGCUGCCACUGAAGAGGCUCUCCCCUGA